UACAUAAACCUCGACAUGGCUACGUGAGUUCCAGGACCUCCUAACUCACAAGUAACGGUUUAUAACUAAUAAGCGAUACUAUAGUCUGGCAGGAGACAUGUCCUUUGACUUCAUAUUUCCAUCAUGCGAGCCAACCACGCCGCCAAGCUUCAAUUUUGACCCGUCUCUGCUCGAGAUUGCUUAUAACCCCGGACAUGCUCGCUCAAACUCAUACUCCUCUUUUUGCUCCACAACCGAGACGUCGCCCUCCGACUCGGUCAGCACGCGUGUCACAACACCGUCGCGCUCGCCGCCUCCAAUCCGUCAACAUGGUCCUAUCUUACUACCUAAGAUCCGCUCUCAGGACCAGGCCAUUGACUCUCCUCCCAAGCGUGUAAAGACUUCCUCUACUCCGGCACCAAAGCCUAGCCGUCGGGGUAGCUUUCGCCCUACACAUGCCCGUAGCUAUACUAGCCCGGAGACUUUGAACCAGUUCUCUCAGACAUUCUUUACUCCUUCAGAGGAUCAAAGUAACCUCUCACAAUCAUUACUAUGCUCUCCUGUCACGUUCCCUCAAGAUAACUUUAACAAUGCUCGUCGUAGCUCUACUGUCAGCCUUGACGGCGCAAUUGAGAGAUUUGGCUUCCCGACUUAUCGUCAAAUGCCAGCAUACGUUCCAGCUCCAGCUCAACCCCAAAAUGAGCAAUUCUACUUUGGCUACGCUCCUCGCGCUCCCUCUCCAUUGAGCCUUUCAUCUACAUCCACGCCUGAUCCUACUCCAUCAACCACUCUCAUGAACUACCUCACUACAUCCAAUCCUGCCCCCUCAUUGGUGCGCAGCAUCUCAUUCCCAUUGCGCGAUCCCAAUACCAAGCACUUUUGGUGGGAUGUUCGCCAAGUCCGACCUUGGGCCGACUUCAACUUGAACACCAUCCUAUCUCUUCCAGGUGCUUCGGGGCUUCUCCACUGCCCGGUCCCACAACCACUUCUCCAACAACCACCCACCGGUGCGCGCCACCCAGAGACAGAAGCAGCUCUCCACAACAUCUACGCUUCUUACUACAUUCCCAAGAUCAACUCGGCUCUUGCGUUGUCAUCUCAAUGUCCUCUCCAACUUUCAGUACCCGCAACCAAGUCCACGUCAUCGCCCAAUGACCAUCUCUUCGUGGCCAAUGUCGCGGGUGAGACUUCUACUGCUGCAACCAUCUUUGGUGGCAAGCCUACAGCUCAUGUGGUCGGAUUGGUGAAGUCUUUCGACCGCUUCAACACAGGCAUGCGCUCUGAGGGAAACAUCAAGCGCGUCGAGUACUUGAAAGGACUAGCGCAUUUACACUACAUGAUGCGCGAGCACGGAACGCGCUACGGCUUCAUUCUCACUGAAAUCGAGCUUGUUGUGUGCCGUAACGGCGCUGAGGGUACCCCACACUUCGGAUUCCUCGAGAUCAGCAGCGUCCAAUUAAAGGCCACCGCAUCUGACAACGAAGGGGAAAUUCCGCUCACUGCCUGCCUUGCUCUCUGGGGCUUGUGCGCCAUGGCCAGUGAUGAUGGUGUCAAUGGCCACGGCUUAAUUGCUGAGAACGGCCAAAUGCUUACCUGGAAGGCGGAGAUUGGUGCCCCAGCUGAAGGCACGCGAAGAAAAGCGCUUAAGCGCGAUGACUGGAUGCCGCAACCGCAAUUGGCAGAGAAACGUGAGGCGAAGCGCGCUAGAGGCUGGGUUUUCCCUGAGGACCCUGUAGGCAGAAAGGAAUUGGGUAAGAGAGGUGUUCGAUAUGGUAACUGCCAAUAAGUGCAUGCAUUAGUCCCCUAGUUUUUAGUCUUAGUAGUAUUUUGGACCCAAUAGACGGGAACAAAUCCGGCCGGUUCCGGAUCUUGUUAACCGUUGGGCUUGGGGGAUGAUUGAUUGGGGUGAUGAGAGAUGAGGCAUGAGUGAUGAAUUGCGGAUAGCCUCAUGAUUGGGUUGGGUCGGUUUGGGGCGCUAAUCCCAGCUAGGUGGCUGGUUGGUGAAAAUUAGGUACUUUAAUAGUGAAGCAAGCAAAACUGUUAAAUCAUA